UCUUCCCCUCUGUUGCUGUGACAACAGUGACGUCAGGAUCUCUUCCUGUUCUCCAGUCUUAGUUUCACUUUGUGAGUUGUUCUCGUCGCAGCUUCUUUUUCUCAUCUGAAGGUAACCAGCUUGUUGUGUUUGUGUGAAGGUGUGGACUCUGCUAUGAAUCAGUGGGAGGACAGACAGGAGGGACUCCCUCCCUCUAAAACCACUAUGUAUGGGGGACAUGAGAUCCAGACCAAAGCUCAGAGGUCUGACCCUGGUGGACCUGGACCUGGACCUGGACCUGGACCUGGAUCUGGACCUGGACCUGGACCCGGACCUGGACCUGGACCUGGAUCCAGCUGUGUGUCCAUGAAAAGUGAUGUUUCAAAGGAUUUUACUCUUAAUUUCAGUCAGUCUGCAGAUGGAAGUAUCAGGAUCCAGCAGCAGAGACCAGACUCUCCUGAACCAAGCUGUCCGUCCUUCAAGAGUGACCAGUCCAACUCCAGAAUCGUUGACUUUAAAGGGAGACGUCCAUCAGCUGAUCAGAUAGUCCACCAGCAGAGCUCAGAGGAUCUCAGUGGUCAGUCUACCCAGCAGCAUCAGACACAGCUGGACUCCAUCUUUCUGGUCUGUACAUGUACAACAACUACUUUCAAGAUUCAAGAGUCUUUAUUGUGAUUAUGAAAAUAUAAUUAAAUUUUGGAGAGACCCCGGCUUAAAGGCAAACAUAAAUAUGCAAACAUUUAAAUAACACUUAAAGAACAGAAAAACCACCCUUAAAGUAAAAAGAGUCAGAGAAUAUGUACAGUAAAAUGUAAACAUUGUAACAACGAAGUGCAGCUUAGUGCAAGUUCCAGUGUAUGAAAUGUUGAAAGUGUGUGAUUGUCCUGAGGACUGAUGGUCUGUUUGGUUGUCACCAGGGGUGAGUGUGUGUGUGAGAAGGUGUGUGAGUGCA